AUGAUGGUGACGUACCACAGAAGUGGAGGCCCGAGCAUGGUGGUGAGGUACCCCAGAAGUGGAGGGCCGAGCAUGGUGGUGAGGUACCCCAGAAGUGGAGGCCCGAGCAUGGUGGUGAGGUACCCCAGAAGUGGAGGCCCGAGCAUGGUGGUGAGGUACCCCAGAAGUGGAGGGCCGAGCAUGGUGGUGAGGUACCCCAGAAGUGGAGGGGUUCGCAUGAUGGUGAGAUUUACUUUUAAUGCAAGAGAUGGAAUUGAUAACCCUGUUCUGGUGGUCGGCGAUGAUCCUGACCCAAACCCAAUGCCACGGUUGUGCCAGUUGAAGCGUGUUGAAGGCCAGAAUUUUGGUUUCAACCUGCGGCUGGACAGAGACGGCAGAGGCCUGGAGGUUUGGAGAGUGGAGCGAUGGACUCCAGCAGACUACAGCGGCCUCAAAGACGGAGACCGAAUCCUUGAGAUCAAUGCAGAGCACGUGGCAGCCAUGGAUGUCAAUAAGGUGGUGAGGAAGAUCCAAUCAUCUGGAUUGUAUCUGUUUCUCUUGGUUUUGAGGGCGGAAGAAUACAAACAGGCCAUGCAUUCUGGUUUAGACCUGUGCAUGCUGGCUUCUGCCUACAACGGGUUUCCCUGCUUCCGGCCCAGAUUGUGUCACAUCAACAGAGAUUCACAGCAUGGCCUCGGGCUGACUGCCAUGUCAGUAAAAGGUGUCAAAGGUCAGCAUAUCCUAAGUACAGUUGCCAGUGGUCCAGCGGAGAAGGCAGGGGUCCAAUCUGGAGACAAGCUCAUUUGGAUAAAUGGAGUAAUGGCAUCAAAGCUCAAAAGAUCAAACCUCAGAAGAAUACUGAGGAAGAGUCGCGAGGUCACAGUGUUGGUCAUUGACCAUGAGAGCGAGUCAAGCUAUAUCAGGAAAAAGAUGCCUAUCCUUCCGGAGCUCGCUCAGUGUGGCUCACUCCCCCACUCAGCGAAGACAAUGCAUCUACAGAAAGGCCCCGACGGUUAUGGUUUUCUGCUGAGGCAGGAGAAGCUCAAUGUCACACAUCAACUUGUGCACAUUCUGCGCGAAGUGGAAGUUGGGAGCCCAGCUGAGGGAGCGGGGUUGGAGGAUGGAAACCUGCUGCUGGCAGUCAAUGGAGUUCCGGUGGAGACAAUGGAACAUGAGGAAAUUGUGACAAUGAUCAGGCUCAGUGGCAAUCGAGUCAGUCUUACCUGUAUCUCAAUUCUUGGAAGAGCCUUCUUCAGAAAGUUGGGUUUAUCACCUUUGUGGUUCCAUGAAGAAUUCCUUGUCCAGGACUUGCCAACCCACUAAAGUCUGACAAGUGUAGCAGUCCAGUACCCUUCCACCACACUAGAAAAGUGACGGCCUGUGCUGACUGAAGAGAUGGAGU